AACACAAAGGACGCUUUGGUUUCGCUUUCUCAGUAUAUGAGUGCAAAUUUCAGCUUGGUAAAAAGUAGUAACAGCGCUUUCUGAAGCAGACUGGAAGUAAAUGUGAACACACUGUGUGAGCGGUGUUGCUAAUUUAAGCGAUGGCGUAUCAGAUGUCCGGACUCGCAGCUCGUGUUACAGUGUCCGCGCUGACUCGCGCUCUGGAGAAGCAGAAGCUCGCGCGCCGAGGUGUUAGUUUAGCCGCGCGCUCGGAGAAGUUUUCCACCUCCUGCGCGACCUUAAAGUGCCGCGAGUGGAAGUGUGUGAGUGUGUUCAGAGGCGUGUUCGGUCGAAACCGCCCGGGACCGCUCGGAGCGCUGCUCGGGACAGUCGGUGUGUCCGCCGCCGUGCUGAGCUCGAGCGCAGUUUGCGCCAUGGCCGCGCGCCCACCAUUCAACUUAGACUCGGAGAAAAGUGACUGGAAAGAGGCGAAAAAGGAGCUUCUGUCCAUGAGCGUAGAUGAGAAGCGAAGGUUUUACAGGACGGACUACAUCUCCCUGGAUCAGGUUCUUGUCUUUAAGCACUCAGGUACUGCAUAUGCUGCACCUCUUUACAAGACCAACGAUGAACUGAAUCAAAAAAUCUCCAUCUACCGAGGUGACAUCACCAAACUGGAGAUAGAUGCAGUUGCCAAUGCAGCCAACAAGACCCUGCUGGGUGGAGGAGGGGUGGACGGAGCCAUCCAUCGUGGGGCCGGUCCACUCCUGAGGAAGGAAUGUUCCACUCUGGGAGGGUGCGAAACCGGAGAUGCCAAGAUAACCGGAGCAUACGGCCUGCCAGCCAAAUACAUUAUUCACACCGUGGGGCCAAUAGCUCACGGCUCUGUGGGAGAGAAGGAGAAACGAGCGCUCCGAGACUGUUAUUAUAACUGUCUACGCACAGCGACUGAGAAAAAGCUGCGGACAGUGGCUUUCCCCUGUAUCUCCACCGGGGUGUAUGGAUAUCCACCUGAGCAGGCAGUGGAAGUGGCUCUGAAGACAGUAAGAGAAUACCUGGAGGACAACCCAGCGCAGUUGGACCGGGUCAUCUUCUGCGUUUUCCUUAAGUCAGAUGAGGAUCUGUACAAGAGCAGACUUCCUGCCUACUUUCCAAAAGACCAAUCAGAGAGACUGGUUAAGGACAGAUCCGCUUCCUAAAAGCAAAUUAUGAGUGGAUGUAAAGUCUGCGUUGAAUGCCGCACUCAUCACCUGCUCCUGCUUCCCCAGCGUCUGCCCUGCCGGCAACACCUACUGAUUAUUUUUGAAUCUUCUGAUUUCUUUCUCUCUUUUUUUUUUGAUGGCAAGCGUCAUGUAAUUUCUUAUCGCACUAGUCAGUUUUCACUGCACCGCUACAGAAUGUUGUUGAUCAAAGGAUUGCUUUUUUUGUCGUUGCACUAAAGUUGACUGCCAUCACGCACACACACAUGAAGAAAAUAAAAAAAAGGCAAGUGUUUCA